AUGUCCGAUAUUGGUGAUGAUACUCAAGUUUCGUCUCUUGUUUUAAUAAAGAAUCUUGUUGAAGAUUUAUUUUCAUAUAAUACAAUCAAACGAAAGAGGGUCUUGGAAUACUAUUUCUUUCAAGAUGCAACAUUAGCGUCACCUCUUAUGUGUACUGAAGGUGUAUUGAACAUUCAAUAUGUAUAUACUAUUUGGCAAACCAUGAAUAGAAAGGAACCAGUAAUCAACAAUAUAGUGUUUGAUGGACAUACAGCCGUCAUUCAUCUCACACAGACCAUUUCACCUUGCAUCUUUCCAUCCUUUAUUCAAAUUCAAAUCCCUUCAGUGACCAUAUUAAAGUUUAGAGAAACAGAACAAGAUAGCGGACUACUCAAGGUCUAUCAUCAAGAAGACACUUGGACGUUGGAAGGUUAUAUAUUUUUAUCUAUUUCACGUGCUUUAUAA